AUGUCGGAAGCCUAUGAUGCACUUGAUCCAACUGCCAAUAUUACAAUCAAAUGGGAUGUCAUAAGCUGGACUCCAGACGGCUAUAUUGCUGUUGUCACAAUGUACAACUUUCAACAGUAUCGGCAUAUUCAGACUCCUGGAUGGAUACUAGGGUGGACAUGGGCAAAAAAGGAAGUAAUUUGGAAUGUAAUGGGAGGCCAAACCACAGAACAAGGGGACUGUUCGAGGUUCAAAGGGAACAUCCCUCAUUGUUGUAAGAAGGAUCCAACCGUAGUGGACUUACUGCCUGGAACUCCUUACAACCAGCAGAUUGCUAAUUGUUGCACAGGGGGAGUCCUAACUUCAUGGGCUCAGGACCCUGAACAUGCAGUAAGUUCAUUUCAACUCAGUGUUGGUUCUGCAGGAACCACUAACAAAACGGUCAAACUGCCAAAAAAUUUUACCCUGAAAGCACCUGGGCCUGGUUAUACUUGUGGCCCUGCAAAGAUUGUGAAACCUACUAAAUUUAUUACCAAUGACAAGAGGAGAACCACUCAGGCAUUGAUGACCUGGAAUGUUACCUGCACGUAUUCUCAAUUCCUAGCUCAGAAGACCCCAACAUGCUGUGUUUCUCUUUCAUCCUUCUACAACAAUACAAUAGUAAACUGCCCUACCUGCACCUGUGGUUGCCAAAACAAAACAGAACCUAGCAGCUGUGUAGAUCCUAAUUCCCCGCAUUUAGCUUCAGUGGUAUCACCACCAGGCAAAGCUAUAAAUACACCUCUGGUCCGGUGCACCAAUCACAUGUGUCCUAUACGAGUGCAUUGGCACGUGAAGCUUCAAUAUAAAGAGUACUGGAGGAUAAAGAUCACGAUCACAAAUUUCAACUACAGAGUGAACUAUUCACAAUGGAACCUUGUUGUGCAGCACCCAAACUUUGACAAUGUAACGCAGGUUUUCAGCUUUAAUUACAAGCCACUAACACCUUAUGUGGGCUUAAACGAUACUGGUAUGCUGUGGGGAGUCAAGUUCUACAAUGAUUUACUUACUUCAGCAGGACCCCUUGGGAAUGUGCAGUCUGAGCUCUUAUUCCGAAAGGACAAAUCAACCUUCACAUUUGAUAAGGGAUGGGCUUUCCCGCGAAGAAUUUAUUUCAAUGGAGAUAACUGUGUAAUGCCACCUCCUGACGCCUAUCCAUGGCUUCCAAAUGCAAGUUCAAAGCUAGUUUUCUCUUUGCUGAGUACAGUCUUCGGCACUAUAGCUUGUGUGGUGAUGUUAUUGAGUUAA